GUAGAUUCUGAAUUCUGAUGAUUAUAGUAUGUAUAUAUAAAUGGAUAUCCAGUUCGGUUCGGUUGUGCUGGUAAUCUCUUUUUCUGGGUGAUUGCCAACUACUUUAGACUCGUUUCUUCUUCUUCUUCUUCUUCAUUCACAGUUUCAACUCUUGCACUUGCACUGUUCAUUCGUCACCAGACCAGGCAUACAACAUUCCAUUAAUCACAGUAUUAUUAUUCGUAUCUGAUUCUUCCAUUGACCGACCACCUAAUAACAUAAAAGCUGCUCCUGCUCCUGCUCCACCAUUGCAUUGUGUACAUGAGUGAGCUCCGAUCCUCGUCCAUGGAAAAAAUGCAGGCCGACGAAACCCUAAUUUGGAAUUCCGAGGAGCUCAUUUCCGAAGGAUUUAGUUCCAUGAGCAGCGACACCACUGUAAGCCACUGCACCAGUUUCAGCCGCCUCUCAUUUGAGCUUCCCACCGGCUCGCCGGAGCAGCCGCCGCCGCCGUCGAUGAAGCCGCACCGCUCGUCGGACUCCUCUUUUCAACCGAUUUUAUUGAAAUCGAAUCUCAGCUUCCGCGACUUCAGCUUGGUGCGCCAGAUCGGCAGCGGAGACAUCGGCCGCGUUUACCUCUGCCGCCUCCGCGGCUCGCCGGAGGACGGCCGGUUUUACGCCAUGAAAGUGGUGGACAAUCAGGUGCUGAGCUUGAAGAAGAAGACUCAACGAGCAGAGACCGAGCGGAAGAUCAUGAGGCUGUUGGAUCACCCGUUUUUGCCCACGCUUUACGCUGAAUUCGAAGCUUCGAAUUUCUCCGGCGUCGUGAUGGAAUACUGCUCCGGCGGCGAUUUGCAUUCUCUCCGCCAUAAACAGCCGCAGAAGCGAUUCUCCGUCGCCUCCGCUCGGUUCUACGCGGCGGAGGUUCUGGUGGCGCUGGAGUACCUUCACAUGUUGGGAAUAAUCUACAGAGAUUUGAAGCCGGAGAACGUUUUGGUUAGGUCGGACGGUCACAUAAUGCUCACCGACUUCGAUCUCUCCCUCUGCUCCGACGCAAUUCCGUCCGUCGAAUCUCCGGCGGGUGUUCCGCCGCCGUCGUCGAGAGCAGGUCACAGCGCGGCGACGGUAGCCACUUUUCCCGGUCUCUUGAACCGCUUUUUCCGGUCGAAGAAAAAAAAACGAAUACGGGCGGCGGAGAACCGGGUCUUUGUGGCCGAGCCGGUGGCGGCCCGGUCGUGCUCGUUCGUGGGGACUCAUGAAUACGUGGCACCUGAGGUGGCAUCGGGUGGGCCCCACGGGAACGCCGUGGACUGGUGGGCCCUGGGGAUUUUUAUAUAUGAGAUGAUAUAUGGACGGACGCCAUUUGCUGGUUCGACGAACGAAGCUACGCUGCGGAACAUUGUAGAAAACCCCGUUACGUUCCCACCCGACGCGCCUUGCGGGGCGAGUGAGGCGCACGCGCGCAGCCUGAUCGCGGGGCUGCUGAACAAGGACCCGAGUAGGAGGGUCGGGUCUCGGCGCGGGUCGGCGGAUGUGAAGACCCACCCGUUUUUCAAGGGGUUGAAUUUCGCGCUGAUCCGGUCCGUGACGCCGCCAUCAGGGGCGGGUAUUCGGGCGCCGUUGCCUGAUAGAACGGCGCCGUUCAACGUGUACUGAGUGUUUGGUUGGCAAUAUAUGAAUGUAUGUAAUUAAUAAAACAAUCAACAUAGUAUAAUAUAAUUAAUUAAUUUUGUGUUGCUAAGUUGACACUACAAGAUCUUAUUGGUGAAUGAACAAGGUAAAUAUAAAUAUGUGUAGAAUUUAAAAUUGGCAAAAGGGGUGUUGGAUUUGUAAGAAACAACCAAUAAUUGGUUGAAUUGGAGGUGAAAGAGUGGAUGAGACAUGAGAGAGAGGAGGGUAGUGUAGUGUAGUGUAGUGCACUCAGCUCUUCUGACUCAUGCUGACUCCUGAAAAGGUGUGGAAAA